AUGCACGAUAGUGCUGGAGAUGGGCAUAUAACCUGCUCUACCGGUGGUAGCACAUCUGCUGUCUGCACUGAAAUGAUUUCGACUAAUGGCUUGAAUUUCCUCACUGAAACAAAGACCUUGAACCAGAAUCAAAUUACCUUCUUGGCUGUUACUAUUACCGCCGGUCCUACUGCGACAUCGGCCAACACCGCCGCUACAUCUACAGACACCACCGCAUCGAUAAUUCCCAGUGGGUCUGGGACAGGGUCUGCUAGUGGGGAUGUGCCUAAGAUUACCGCACCUCUGCAGGUCAUUAUGGGUGGACUGGCCGUGGGAUUAGUGGCCUUUGCCUUAUAA